AUGGAGUCGGGGGAAGAGUACAAUUCCAACCACGAGGACGAGUUUUACGACGCGGAAGCUGGCAACGUCGCCGAAUCUCCAGCAGCUGGCGAACUAGUCGCUGCCACCUGCGGCCCUACCACCGGACGGCCUUCAUUGGCUGCCAGCGAACAGCCGCAUGCGCAGCUCCGUCAUUCGACGACGCGUGAGAGGAGCUCAUCGCGAUCAUCAUCUCUACGCAGCAGCGCCGCCGCCGAGCUGCGCAAGAAGCUCCACGACGAAGAGGCCAGGCGCGAACUGCCCAAUCUCCCACCCAUCCCUCCCCAGUAUCUCCAGCAGCAGCAGCCGCACAAGAGGGCCCGGCCGGCGUCGGUCGCAUUAUUUCCUCCUGCAGCAGCUCGAGCAGAGCCUCCUGCUUUGCGCAGAGCCGCCAGUGCUGCGGGCGCGAGGGAUAGACCAGCGCCAAAACCACUUAAUACUCACCACCCCGGCACCCGUUGCAAUGCGAUAGCCCUCGAGGCGAACGACGCCCAACCGAAGCCGCAAGGGAUACCGGGGACUCACAAUUCGCGCGAACCAGUCCAGCUGCCGGCUAUUUCGCGGAGGGCUAGAGCAAAGACGGUGCACGCCAGCGCAACACCCUCGUCCGAAACAACAACACCCCUAACAUUGCUAGGCACCGCCGCACGCGACAGAAUGGAUUUCUACGAGUCGCACCGCUCUCCUGCGCACACCCACGCCAAGCGCCGCUCUCUGCCCCCCGACGUCGACAUUUACCACCGCCGCCCGAGUACGAGCGGUAACAUCUACACGCGCCCCUCGUCACGACUCAAUACCAACCGAUCGGCGGAUCUGCAGCGACAUAUGGAUCAGUACAAAACCUCCACGAGUCGCCCGUCUUAUCAGCCAGGCGACGCCGCCUCCGUGUCGGGACAUUCGAGUUCUGGACGCGCCCGUCGCUACUCAGUCGUCCCUGAUCGCUCGCCCCUGUCGCCGACGCGUCUUCGCGAACGCUUACACUCUCCAGAGGUGCCUCAGUACGGGCGCCGACGUCCCUCAUUUGGCGCGCCCAUGUCCAACUCCACGAACAACCAAUUGGCCACCUUGGAAUCGCCUGAAGAGUCACCAGCGGAGGAAUCUGAACCCAAGCUGAGCGAAUCGACGUCUGCAGAGUCGCAACAAGAGGAUAACGUGUGGGACGAGCUGGACGAGCUCAAGAUGCGUAUAAAGGAAUUGGAAAUGAAGGACAAGGUGCCGACCGUUUCGAGUGCCGCCGCAUCUGGAGACUCGAGCGACCGACCGCGCACUGCGACAACUGCCCCUACGACUAUUGAUUCCUCACCAAAGCACGAGCGCAAGCGGGAGAUAGAAAGGAAGAAGGCGACUCCCACUCCACCACUAGAGACCGCAUCAGGCGCGAACGCCUUGAGCAACAUUCAUCCACCCUUACAUACUGCCCUGGCCAAAGCUGAAACUUUAUUGAACGCAUCUCUCUACCGGACUUUGGAAGCUGCCUCUAAUGAUGCGCUUCAACUGGCGGCGGUCACUGGCAGUGCUGGUCCUCAGGGUACCAACUUCUCGGCUGCUUCAAUCAUCAACGGCUUGAGCGUGUCUGAUCGGCAUGUCAGGCGCAAAGUUGACAGCAUGUGUCGCAAUCUAACAGAGCUAUGCAUCGCAUUGUGCGAAGGCAAACAUGAGGCAACUGAGAUUGUGUCGUCCCCUACUUCCAUGGAAACAGCAAGACAGGAGUCGCCGACGUUCAGGUUUUCAGAAAACCAUGCACCUUCGCGUCAAGCAAGCAAUGCUCGACCCAUGAGCCGACUGGACGCCAGGAGAAGCAGCAUUUUAGGGGGCAACUCGUUGGUACCGUACGAAAGCAUCAGUCCUCGCGGCAGUGUUGGCGACAUGUCUGUUACCGAACAAGAACCCUCAUCAACGAAAUCGAAUCCACCCCAACUACGUCGCGUCAGUCGAGCACCGAGUGGGUUGCGCAGUCGCAUUCAACGUCAGGAUGACAGUGGCGACGAAGCGACGAACUUGCGACCCCCUUCGCGUGCCAUGACUGAUAUCGGCGCACUGCGACCCCGGUCGAGACUCACGAAUGAAAACAGAUCCCCAGGUGCGCAGCGAACCCCCAGCUUGCGCGAAAUUCUGGCCUCUAAACGAAACAACGACGCUGCAUUUGAGGGGAACCGUGAAACGCCCAGGAUCUCUUCGAUUGGUUCUGAACACAGACGCAGGCGUCUGUUUGAUCAGCAAUCGACGCCUCCCGUAGUGGAGGAAGAGGACGGUCCAGACGAUUAUCACACCCCUUCACAACCACGUCGACGCGUUACGUCGAUGGGUGGACAAUUCAAUUCUCGCCGGUCUAUUGGCGACAUUCCUGGACGAACAUCAAGCCUCCACCAGCGACGCGACGUUAUAACGGAAUAG